CAAUUUAUGUAAUAAAUGAUUUUAUGCUGACAACUGUACGUACCAUAUGAUUGUUUACCCAUGGUGAACCUCAAUUAUUUACCAAUACAGAACCCCGUAUGUUACCCCUUAGCGAUACUUCAUUUUGAUUGGCUAAGAGAUAGCGUCCCUUUUGUGAAAGAUAAUCCUGAUAGAAGUCGAAGAUCACAGAGAAUAUUUUUAUUGCAAAAGUUUUGUUUUCGCCGAUUUAUUACGGUUUAAGAGUUGCUGCAUCGUUUGAGGUUUGCAGUUCUACGCUAUGUGAGCGGAACAGGACUUCUACAGGUAAAAAAUGACAUAAAACUGAGAUUUGUUUUGUUUCACGCACAGCCGAGUGUGACCGCCAUACUGAACUCUGUCUUUGUUUACAAACAUGGCGAAAGUUUUAGUGGUUGGCCACAGUUUCAUACGUCGUCUCGAACGAUCAUUGGGGCAAAUUGAAGGAUGUAUCAAUAAUUUGGGAUUAGAUUCAUCUUUAUGUACAGUGUAUUUCUAUGGAAUUAGCGGUGGAAAGUUAGAUACACUGGAAGUUGACUCUUUGUUAUUUGAGAAGCUACGGGCAUACAGACCGGACAUUAUCGUGAUUCAGCUAGGUGGGAAUGAUAUGUCCAUUAAAGCAGUCAGACCAGAAGUCUUUGCAUGCAGACUAGUAGACUGGGUUCAAUCUUUGACUGAACAAUUUUGCUUCAUAAAAAACAUUGUGGUUUGGGAACUUUUUAUUCGCACUAAACCAAGACAGGUUAGUGUUGAAUUAUACGAGUUUAAGCGAGGCAUUGUGAAUCAAAUGUUAAAGGACAUGUUGGAAGACCAUCCUAACCUCACAUUUUGGCGUCAUUUGCGGCUGAUGCAAAGUCCCUUGGCUAUUUUAAGUGGGGACGGUGUUCACCUCUCUGUGAUAGGGACAAAGAAGUUUUAUAGGAGCCUUAGAUUAGCCGUUCUUCAUGCUAUACGAUCUUAAUCAUGGGCCCAAAGAAGAAGUCCGCUGGCACUGAGCCUCCAGCUAAGCGGAGAAGGACUGCGCAAAAUGGCAAUGCUACAAACAUUCUAAGUGCAAGUGACACUACAAAUAGUGAUAUAAUUCAAUCCUUAACUAAAAACAUUACAAGUAAUAUUAUGGCAGAAUUACAGAAGGUCGGAGUUCUUCCUACACAGAAUCCACAAGUGGAGCAAGCAGGAGGUCCAGAUCAAGACAAGCAGCAACGAUUUGAAAGAAAUACCAGUGGUACAAUGCUGCAAGGUGAACAGAUACCUGCAUCAGCAGUUUUGGAUUUGGAAAGACAGCUACCAAAUACACAGGGUAAUCAAUCCGAAUAUAAACCUUUGGGGAGACCCCUUCACACUUAUGUUACGACAAAACUCAAAGAGAAGAUUCUAUCAAAUGAGUUUGUGCAAAUGAGUGAUAUUUUAGAUCCUCCCACAGAGCUUGAGUUUGUUGACUUUCAUUUGUCAGUGAAAGACAAAGGAAAAGUUGGGCUAUCUUCUAACAAGAAGAAGAAAUUUGUCACUAUUGAGGAGUGGACUGAUGCUUUUAAUAUCUUUAGUUCAGUUUUAAGACAGGGCAACCCAGAUGAUCGAGAUCUUCCAGAGUCGUUAUCAGUGUACAUGCACUUGAUUCGAUCUAUUCAGAAAGAUGGGGGGGACUGGUUUCAUUAUGAUGUAACAUUUAGGAAGGCCAGACAAGGGGACUUGACAAUGUCUUGGAGGCAUGUCGAUCAAGUGUUAUAUAGUCGUGCCCUUAUGAAAAAGUUAGGGGGUCCAAUCAUUCAUAGCCAGAAUACAAAAAACCAGCUUUUUCGUCCCCAUUGUUUCAGAUACAAUGAUGGGAAGUCCUGCAACAGUCAGUGUACAUACCCACACAUAUACUCUACCUGUUUCAAACCCCACCCCAAAACCCAAUGUUGGAGGGGCCGUGACAAAAAGUCUGCAAGUGGGUCACAGCCUCCCAAAAAAGACUGAGUGUCUCUCCCAACUACCCACUCCUGUAAACCCUGCAAAACUAGCUCAAUAUUUAAUUGGAUAUGACAAGACAAAAACUAAAUAUCUACUAGAGGGGUUUAGAAAUGGUUUUCAUCUAGAAUUUGAAGGAAAAAGGGGGUUUCAGCUCAGUUCAAACCUUAAAUCUUCUCUUGAAAAUAAGGAGGUUGUUACUAAAAACAUUGCUAAGGAAUUAAAGGAAGGUCGCAUAGCAGGUCCAUUCUCUGAACUACCAUUUAAGUCCUUAAAGAUUUCUCCUCUAGGUAUAGUACCUAAGAAAUCACCUAAUCAAUUUAGAAUGAUACAUCACUUGUCUUAUCCCACGAAACAGGAAGGUUCAGUAAAUGCAGGAAUCUCUGAUGACUCAGCUGCAGUCCACUAUGCUGGAAUCAAUGAUGCUGUAGGUUUUAUUAAAGAACUUGGUAUAGAUGCAUUUUGUUGCAAGACAGAUAUUCGGUCCGCAUUUAGAAUCCUUCCAGUAUCUCCAAAGGACUAUGAGCUAUUAGGUUUUAUGUGGGAGGGUAAAUACUACUAUGAUAGAUGUUUACCAAUGGGUUGCAGAACUAGUUGCAAGAUUUUUGAAGAAUUUAGCUCAGCAAUAGAAUGGAUUGCAAGAAAUAAGUUAGGAAUGAAUGCUGUGGUUCACAUAUUAGAUGAUUUUCUGUUCAUUGAAAGAUCUAAAUUUUCAUGUCUCCAGAAAUUCAACGAGUUUCUCGAUGUUUGUGGGGAUAUUGGUAUUCCACUUGCAGCAGAUAAGACUGUGCUUCCUACGCAGGUUAUUGAGUUUGUUGGAAUUGAACUUGACGUUAGGCUCAGAGAAACUAGGUUACCUUUGGAUAAGAUUGAGAAAUGCACACGGUUACUUCAUUCAUUUAUGAGUAAGGAUAGGUGUACGAUUAAGGAAAUGCAAUCAUUGAUAGGUACGUUGAACUUCGCUUGCUCAGUCAUUCUGCCAGGUCGUGCAUUCCUCAGACGCUUUAUCAAUCUUUUGAUGAAUGUUUCAAAGCAUCAAAAAUUCAUUACAAUAAGUAGAGAAUGUAAGGACGACAUGUCUAUGUGGCUAGCUUUUCUAGAGUGUUAUAAUGGAAAAACAAUGUUUUUAGAUGAAAACUUUCUGUCUAGCAACACUUUACAAUUACAUACCGAUGCGGCACAGUCAAAGGGUUUUGCAGGAAUUUAUAAAACGCAAUGGUUUUAUGGUAGUUUCCCAGAAGACUGGAAGAAAUUGAAUAUCAUGACAUUAGAGUUUUAUCCGAUAGUUAUUGCAGUCAAUUUGUGGGGUUCGAGAGUUUCAGGAGCUGGCACCACAUACUCAACCAGAACCAUCAGUGGUACCAGAAGCUCUGAUGCCUCAAAACUUUUGGAAUACAUUGAGCAACUUACAAAAGCAGCCAUAGCACCAUCCACUAAGGCUACGUAUAAUAGAGCUUGGAGGACGCUACUGUCUUUUUGUAGUAAAUAUGGAAUGUCUUGUGAACUACCCCUGAGCACUUCGCUGGUGGCUCUCUUUGUAGCUCAUCUUUUCUCCGACUCUUUUUCCCCUAGGUCCAUUUCAACAUAUUUAUCAGCCCUUGCUUAUGUUCACAAAGUGCUAAAUUACCAAGACCCAACGCAAGCAUUUGUUAUACAGAAAUUAGUUGCAGGGGCAUAUCGUUUGGGCAAUACCUUUGAUAUACGUUUACCCAUCACACCUCAUAUUUUAAACAAUCUGCUUUCGUGUAUACCACAAGUCAUUCAUGAGGAAUACAAAAGAAAAAUGUUUCGAGCUAUGUUCUUAUUUGCAUUUUAUGCAUUUGCACGCAUUGGGGAAAUAGUAAGUUCAGAUGGACAUACAGAUGAUGUCAUUCAGCUUUCAGAUGUUACUUUCACUCGGGGGGCAGAAAAAUUUAAUCAGGUCAAUGUCUGCUUUAGGAAGUUUAAACAUAAUUCUUCAGGUCAGCCUAAGUACAUUUCAUUCUCACAUGGACCAUGCCAAAUUUCUGCCAUCGAUUCCCUUGUUCAGUAUUUGAAUGUUAGGAAAAACAAUGAAGGUCCACUUUUCAUUUUAAAUGGGGGUUUACAGCUGACAAGGAGUGUAUUUAAUAAGACCCUACAAAAAUGUUUGCUUUGCUGUGGCUUGGAUAGUACACGUUACAAAGGUCACAGUUUUAGGAUAGGUGCUGCUACGGUGGCUGCACAGAAUGGUUGCACAGAUGCGCAAAUUAGAUCAGUGGGACGCUGGCAUUCAAAUGCAUUUCAGAAAUAUAUCCGAUCAAAUAACAUACCUAGCAAUAAGUAAUAGUAAAUUUUGUCAGAACCCUUGUUUGGCCUAGGAUUGUGUAUACCUGCUGGGGCCGGUAUAUGCAUUGGUACAAUAUGACACUUCUAUUUAACCAUGUUACUAGCUUGGGCCAGUAACUAGUGCAGUUUUCAUGUACGGAUUAACAUUCUUUUACGUGUUACCUGCUGGGGCCGGUAAUGCAGUUGAAGUUCAUUAUAUGUAUAUCAUCAUACUGUUGAAUUAUGUUUUGAGUUAUGAUCUUUUAAGAGUUAACCUGCUUCAACUGGUAAUAUUAUUAAAAUUAAAUUGUAUGUACAUAUCAAAGGUUCGCAUGUUAUCUGCUGGGGCCGGUAACAUUAUUUUUCUUAAGAUUAGUUUAAAAUACAUGUACAUUUUAUAUUAUAUCACAAUAGCCAAGAUCUUUGGUACAAUGUGCUUUUUACCGGAUAAGGUUAUGGAUAGUUUUUAGGUUUCUUCUAACUUGUUAAUGGAUGAUGUGCUGGCAAUGGCUUUGGUGGGGUCGUUUCAAAGACCAUGAUUGGCAUGAUCUUUUCAACUUGUGGGUAAUGGACCCCACCUUUGCCCAUUAUUGGAUUGUUGUUAAAUAUUAACAAUAUAACUUCUUAUUUGUUAGUCCCAUAUACAUGUUACCUUGAUUAUUAUUUGUUUUCUUGACUUACAUGGAAUGCCAGUAAUAGAUAUGUAUUUUAUAUGUGUAAAUUUUACUUCGGUCUGUCAGUUUUUCUGGAAAAAUUCAGGGUAAUUGUAAAUUUAAGUAUGUCCAUUGUCUAAAGAGAAAGUAAGCUUUUGUAUAUUUAUGUUUUGAAUUGCUCGAGUGCAAUUUUGUUAUUUCUUUUGUAUUUGUUUUAUUCACAUGUGUAUUGGAUAGUUGCAUGUAGUCCUAGGAAUAUUUUUUGGUAGUUAUUUUUUCUAUUUGUUCCAAUUACAUGUUUGAAUUGUUGAUCAAGAUUUAUUUGAUCAAUAAAUUUCUUUUCAACAUAAAAAAAAA